CCACCUUGCUCCUCUCUGGUCUGCCUUCUCUGCCUUUUUCUGUUUCUCUGAGCGCAGUCACAGGUGAGAGCGAAGCCUACCAAGUGUGGAAAGUUUGUACACGUGCGGGUGAAGACAUGGAAGUGUAGUGUGGUGUGCAGUGAAGUCUGUUCUGGGGUCAGAUACGAGAAGGAAAAGUGGAUGAAUCAGGAAGGAGAGCGGACUCCAGGGAUGCCAGUUCAGUAAGCAUCAUGCGGAUUGCAUGGUCAGGAGCCACAGCCUUUAUAAUCAUCACAUUGCUACGGCUUGGGCAGUCUGUAGUCGUGGAGAGCUCUUUGGUCCCAGACACGGGCACAGCGGAGACGCCAAAAGAGGGGGUCACGCAGGCCCCCGCUUCAGGACAUGAUGAAGACAACACCUUGGGCUACACAGGAUCCCGUCUGCGGCAGGAAGAUUACCCACCCCGCAUUGUGGAGCACCCCUCUGACCUGAUAGUGUCCAAGGGCGAGCCGGCCACCCUCAACUGCAAGGCCGAGGGCCGGCCCAUGCCCACCGUGGAGUGGUACAAGGACGGUGAGAGGGUGGAGACGGACCGGGACAACUCACGUUCGCACCGCAUGCUGCUGCCCAGUGGCUCCCUCUUCUUCCUGAGAAUAGUCCACGGCCGUCGCAGCAAACCGGACGAGGGCUCGUAUGUGUGCGUGGCCCGAAACUACCUCGGAGAAGCAGUCAGCCACAAUGCCUCGCUGGAAGUAGCCAUUCUCCGUGAUGAGUUCAGACAGAACCCCAGUGAUGUGAUGGUGGCAGCGGGUGAACCAGCAGUGAUGGAGUGCCAGCCCCCUCGCGGCCAUCCAGAGCCCACCAUUUCCUGGAAGAAAGACGGCGUCAAUGUAGACGACAGAGACGAACGCAUAACGAUACGAGGUGGGAAGCUGAUGAUCACCAACACGCGGAAAAGUGACGCAGGGAAGUAUGUUUGUGUGGGGACCAACAUGAUGGGCGAGCGGGAGAGCGAGAUCGCCGAGCUCACUGUGCUGGAGAGACCCAGUUUUGUGCGCAGGCCGAGCAGUCAGUCAGUGCUGGUGGAUCAGAGCGUGGAGUUCAGAUGUGAAGCUCAGGGAGACCCUGUCCCCACUGUCCGCUGGAGAAAAGAGGACGGAGAGCUGCCCAAGGGCAGGUUUGAGAUUCGGGAGGAUCACACUCUGAAGCUGAAGCGGCUGAGCUCAGCAGAUGCGGGCUCUUACACCUGCCUGGCUGAGAACAUGAUGGGGAAAGCCGAGGCCACAGCCGCCCUCACCGUCCACGUUGUGUCUGUGCCUCCAGUGUUUGCAGUGCGGCCGAGGAAUCAGGUAGUCGGCAUGGGACGCACUGUGACCUUUCAGUGCGAGGCUACUGGCAGCCCACAACCAGCCAUCUUCUGGCAGAGAGAGGGCAGUCAGAACCUGCUGUUUUCCUCUCAGCCGCCGCAGCCCUCCAGCCGCUUCUCUGUCUCUCAGACGGGUGAUUUGACCAUCACAGGUGUGGAGAGGGGGGAUGCCGGAUAUUACAGCUGCCAGGCCCUCAACAUCGCAGGCAGCGUGAUCACCAAAGCCCUGCUGGAGGUCACAGACAUCAUUUCAGACAGGCCCCCACCUGUGGUUCGUCAGGGUCCAACCAAUCAGACAGUGGCUGUUGAUGGGACAGUAGUUCUGGGUUGCCAGGCAACAGGCACCCCCACCCCCACCAUCCUGUGGAGAAAGGACGGAGCGCUGGUGUCCACUCAUGACUCUCGGCUCAAACAGCUGGACUCGGGAGCUCUGCAGAUACGCUAUGCCAAGCUUGGAGACACAGGCAUGUACACGUGCAUAGCGUCGACCCCGAGUGGAGAGGCGUCAUGGAAGGCUUAUCUGGAAGUGCAAGAGUUUGGUGUCGCAGUCCAGCCUGGCCGACCCACUGACCCCAACCUGAUCCCCAGUGCCCCCUCCAAACCCGAGGUGACGGACGUCACUCGCACCUCAGUGUCUCUCUCCUGGAAGCCUGACCUCAACUCUGGAGCCACACCUACUUCUUACAUCAUUGAGGCCUUCAGUCAUGCGUCGGGCAGCAGCUGGCAGACGCUGGCAGAGCAUGUGAGGACAGAGAGCUACGUGCUGAAGGGCCUGAAGCCCAGCGCUGUCUAUCUGUUCCUAGUGAGAGCUGCUAAUGCAUACGGCCUGAGUGACCCCAGCCCCAUCAGCGACGCCGUCAGAACACAGGACAUUCCUCCAACCAGUCAGGGAGUGGAACAUGGUCAGAUCCAGAGGGAGCUGGGGGAUGUUGUUAUCCACCUCCACAAUCCCACCAUCCUCUCCUCCUCCUCCAUUCGAGUGCAGUGGACCGUAGAGCAGCAGUCGCAGUAUAUCCAGGGCUAUAAAGUGAUGUACCGAGUGUCCUCUGAGACGGGUCAGACCCGGAGCGAUUGGGCUGUAUUUGAGGUACAGUCACCAGGAGAGCACACAGCACUGAUCACACAGCUCCGCAAGGGCACCACCUACGACUUCAAAGUGAGGCCCUUUUUCAACGAGUUCCAGGGCACGGACAGCGAUAUCAAAGUGGGCAAAUCGUUAGAAGAAGCCCCCAGUGCAGCCCCCAGGGGAGUGACCGUAACAGAGAGUGGAGACAACGGCACAGCCAUCCUGCUGUCCUGGCAGGCUCCUCCAGAGGACGAGCAGAAUGGAGUGGUCCAGGAGUACAGGAUCUGGUGUUUGGGGAAUGAAAGCCGCUACCACAUCAAUCGCACAGUGGACGGCUCCACAUUCUCCGUGGUCAUCUCGGGCCUGGUUCCAGGAGUCCGCUACAGUGUGGAGGUAGCGGCCAGCACCGGAGCUGGACCUGGAGUGAAGAGUGACAUCACCUACUUCCAGCUGGACUCCUCAGGGCGGAUGACGCAGACAGUAGCAGACCCAGAGAACACUCUGUCUCAGCAGAUUUCAGAUGUGGUCCGGCAGCCCGCCUUCAUCGCAGGCAUUGGCGCGGCCUGCUGGAUAAUUCUCAUGGUCUUCAGUAUCUGGCUCUACCGCCACCGCAAGAAGAGGAGCGGCCUGAGCACCAGCUAUGCUGGCAUUCGCAAAGUGCCAUCUUUCACCUUUACGCCUACAGUUUCCUAUCAAAGAGGAGGAGAGGCUGUUAGCAGUGCUGGGAGGCCAGGUUUGUUGAACAUCGGUGAGCCGGCCACUCAGCCCUGGCUAGCGGACACAUGGCCCAACAACUGCUCCAACCAGAACGACUGCAGCAUCAACUGUUGCACUGCGGGCAACGGCAACAGUGACAGCAACCUGACCACCUACAGCCGCCCAGCCGACUGCAUCGCCAACUACAACAACCAGAUGGAAAGCAAGCCCAGCAACCUGCUGGCGCCAGACUCGGGCCUGUACGGAGACGUGGACCUCUCCAACAAGAUCAACGAGAUGAAGACCUUCAACAGCCCCAACCUCAAGGAUGGGCGGCUAGGGCCGGGGCAGCCCACCCCCUACGCCACCACCCAGCUAAUCCAGUCCAGCCUGGGUAGCGGCACAGGGGGCAGCGCUGACGACAAACAGAGUUGGAAGAGCAGUCAAGGGACGCCUCAGAAACAACAGGAAGUGACAUCACAGCUGCAGUACAACAUCAUGGAGCAGAAUAAGCUGAACAAGGAUCACUACAGAGGAGGGGACAGUGCCAUGCCUGCCACCAUCCCCUAUAACCAGCCCCCCGAGCCCAACCCUGCUGGAACCUACAGCAGCUCGGACAGAGGCAGCAGCACGUCUGGUAGUCAAGGGCAGAAGAAAGGGGUGCGGACACCUAAACUGCCUAAACAGAGCACAAUGAACUGGGCUGACCUGCUGCCCCCUCCUCCCGUCAGCCCACCCCCGUGUCAGGAUUACAACCUCUCCAUGGACGACAGCUAUGAGGCGGAGCUGCAGUGUCCUGUCCCUCCGUCCCGUAUGUACCUGCAGCCUGAUGAGCUGGAAGAGGAAGAGGCCGAGAUGGAGCGGGGUCCUACGCCCCCCUUGCGGGGAACUGCCUCCUCACCUGCCGCUGUGUCCUACAGCCACCAGUCCACUGCCACACUCACCCCCUCCCCACAGGAGGAGCUGCAGCCCAUGCUGCAGGAGAACCCAGACAGCCUGCAUGAGCGCAGACGGCAAUUGGUUAGCCCCCCAGCUCCCCCACGGCCCCUCUCCCCUCCUCACACAUAUGGCUACAUCUCCAGCCCACUGGGCCUAGACACGGACGGCCUGGAGGAAGAGGAGGAUGAGGAGGAAGGUGAUGAAACAGAUGCGGAGGUGGCUCGGGUGCACCAGCGGCGCCACCAGCAGCACCCAGCUGCCCAGCAGCAUGGUGGUCAGCAGAGGCUGCUCCUGCGUGGACUUGAGCAGACGCCUGCCUCCAGCACCUGCGACCUGGAGAGCUCUGUCACUGGUUCCAUGAUAAACGGCUGGGGCUCAGCGUCCGAGGAGGACAAUGCCUCGUCUGGCCGCUCCAGCGUCGUCAGCUCCUCUGACGGAUCCUUUUUCACUGACGCAGACUUUGCCCAGGCAGUGGCUGCCGCCGCGGAGUACGCUGGCCUCCGAGUGGCAAAGCAUUCUGGGAAAGGCCAGCAGCAACAGACAGUGCCUGGAGCACGAAAAUACCAAAACCUGCCUUCAGGCCACCGUCCAGCAAGUCCAUUGUCUACGGACAGUAAUAUGAGUGCAGCUGUUGCCCAGAAAAGGCCUCAGAAGAAACAGAAGCAGCAGGCAGCUGGACACUCAGGCUACCAGCGCCGAGAGGUCUACACAGACGACCUGCCUCCUCCACCCAUCCCACCUCCAUCCCUGCUAAAGUCUCCCACUCACCCAGGUAAAGCAGUAUCAGAAGGAGGAUGGGGAGCAGUGGCUCCCAGGUCUAGCUCAGCUGAGGGCAGAGAGAAGAGAGCAGGACCGGGUCCAAAGCCCAGAGAUGCCUCAGACACACGAACCAGCUCAUCAGAAAGGCGAGACGCCCAGGACAAACUUAGGGCUCAGAGAGCGGGGAAAGCCAGCAAACAAGAACAGAGCACAGGCAGCAAGGCCCGCCAGCAUCCAGAGGACAUCCUGCCCUACAGCCGCCCCUCCUUCCCAGCCGUCCACAGCCCUCGAGGCGACAGAGAGCCUAGCUCUUCCAGCUCUAUGUCCUCCAGAGGCUCUGGGGGCAGGAGGAGAGCAGAGGGAGCACCUGGGAGCCGCAGGAACCCACAAGACAUUGGCCUCAACACCAUAGGAGCCUUUCAGCCAGGAGAAGAGGAACUGGAGAUGGUUGAGAGCUGAAGUUGAAAUGGAAAUGCUGUCAGUGUGGACGCUAUUUUAGUAACUAUCUUCAAUUUUAACCAUCUCAACAACUGUUUUUUUUUUUCCAUAAUUACCAUUGUUGGAUUACAUCACAUCCUGAAGACUGACCAACUGUUAAUUCUUUUAUUGUGCAUUUAAUGUUCAUUAAAAAAAGAAAAAAAAAAAAUAUUAAUGGUGCAUUCAAGGGUGAAAUCAGUCAUAGCAAUCACCAUUUGUUCUGUUUCAAUGCAAUAUGGAGUAAACAACUACUCCAGGUACUAAGUGUGACUUCAUUCACCAAGGCUGGAACAUUAACAAGUCCUCAAAGUCAGGCAUUACUGUUAAUAAUAUUAGCUUCAAGCAGAAAAGGGAUGGACUUACUUGUAAAUAAACAUGUAUACAUGCCUAAUUGUCUUUUAUAAUCUGUGUGGUACUUUAAAUUUGUCUUCCUUGGCUUAUUUGAAUAAUUUCAAAAUUUUAUUAUACCAGUAAAUAUAAUUGUUUUUAAUCACCCCCAUCCUGGUUGUAAAUUGUCAUAAUUUGAAAUGUCCCAGGAAAGUGCCACAUUUGAGAUGUUAUUUUCUUUUUUCCUUUCUUUGGUAAUGCACUGUUAUUUUUGUUGUUUGUCGAUGUUUGUCGUUAUUUGUUUGACUUUGGUUUUAAAAGCACAAUCACUAAACUUUAUUUUGAACCAUGUUAUCGAUUAACCUUUUUGUCUUACGUGAGAACAGGUACUGUAUGACAAAAGGCUUCGUUAACCCUGAUGACGUAAGAGAUGAUGAUAAGCUGUUUACAAAGGGGUGUAUGAAUGGAAACAAGACCCUGCGUCCUUCUCUCUUAGCUCUUUGCUAGAUUCUCUCGCCAGCCCUGAUGAAGAGCCUCAGAUUUGGAAAUGUUACGUUUAUGCAUUGUUCUAUCACUGCACCUUCAUUUAUUAAACUGAUUUUUCCUCUACAUAUGCACUUAAGGAGACUUGAGAAAUUAGGAACUGGGCAGUGGCUUGAGAAUCUGGAGGAAGUGUGAUUGGCCAGUCAAGGGCCUUUAAGUUGGGCAGGGACACUAUCAAUCACCUUUAAAGAGGAGAGGAUGCACGUGUUUACUUAUAGGGCAUCUGCAAACAUUUGUUUCUUAAAGCAAAAAAACAUAAGAAAAACAAACAAAAAAACAAUAAACAAGAAUAAUUGAAA